GAUGAGAUAGCCUUCAUUCCUCCCAUCAGUGGUGGUUAAGCUGAGUUCUGAGGGACAUCACAAUCCAGGAACGCAUCAUGGCUGGAGAUGAAGAAACAGGAGGGAUAACUCACAUAGAGCUAACUUUCUCCGAGUUAUCUGUAUCUGAAGCAACUAAGAUUGUUUCAAGUGCAAAAUGUGGAGCCAUCAGUCUGUUUGUAGGCACGACGCGUGACGUCUUUGAGAACAAGACAGUUGUGAGUCUAGAGUAUGAAGCAUACGAAGUCAUGGCACAGAAGGAGAUGAAAAAACUGGCAGAUGAAGUCAGGAAGCAGUUCCCUGUCGAGAACAUCCUCAUUAUACACAGGUUGGGGAAUGUGAAGGUGUGCGAGGCAAGCAUCAUCGUUGGCGUGUCGUCAGUCCACAGGGCAGAGGCCAUGGCUGCCACCACCUUCAUUAUGGACCGCAUCAAAGCCAGGGUGCCGGUUUGGAAGAAGGAAGUUUACUCUGAUGGCACCAAGAACUGGAAGGAGAACAAGGAGUGCAACUGGCGCACUCAAUGACACAGCUGGCAUCGCCGCACAACGCUUAGAAUUCUGCUCUCCCUCAUGAUCUACAGACGUUGUGCUUCGUAAUAGUGAUCUAUUGGAAUGGUGCUCUUCCUGAUGAUCUACAGACGUUGUGCUUCGUAAUAGUGAUCUAUUGGAAUGGUGCUCUCCCUGAUGAUCUACAGACGUUGUGCUUCGUAAUAGUGAUCUAUUGGAAUGGUGCUCUCCCUGAUGAUCUACAGACGUUGUGCUUCGUAAUAGUGAUCUAUUGGAAUGGUGCUCUCCCUGAUGAUCCUAAACGUGAUGUAUGGACGUACGGUUUUUGCCGCGCUAAUGAGUGUGAUUUUUACAGUACGACGGCUGUUGAAUGUCACUUCAAAUAUCUUCUAUCCUGAUGGAUUGAAUUUGUACCCUAAUGUAGUUUCUACAUUGUCCCCUGUAUUAAAUGUUAAAAUUACGAUGCCAAUUUUGUUACACGAUUUAUAUAUUUGAUUGAUGAAAGAAUGGUAUGUCUCAUUUUAAGAACAGGCACAAUAGUAAACCUUAGACCCGAGUAUUUAUUAGGUUAAGUAUUAUGUCAGUGUGCGAUUGUGAGAACUUUAAAUGGGGGUCUAAAACAGGUAGAAUUUGUAACUUUUUAUGAGAUUGUGAUGGCAACAUUUUCUUGACGCGUUUUCUGUGAUUGAUGUUCCAGCUAUUGAGUUUCAUUGCGGUGGCUACACCACGUCCACAGCUGACUUCCUCUUCAUUUGUUAUUGUUCUUCAAUUUACGAUGAUGUUGCACGAAAUGAUCGCUUAUACAAUACUAUCCUUAUGUUACUUACAUAGAUAUUCGUUAAAUAAUGUUGUUGGUUGAUAACAAAUUUCUGAUUGAGAAUGUUAUUUUUGCAUACGUAUAUAUAUACUGCACUCAUAGUAUUUCGUGUUAUUUAUCGAAGAUAUCCUAAUAAAUUGUACUGCAGCAUUUUUAUGGUACAGAAUUGCUUUAUUACCAUGAAUGUAAUCUCUGUUUUUUUGAUAUCUACCAAUUAUUUCUAAUGAUGAAGCAUACCACUUGACGCAUAAUUAUUGUAAUCAUGCAGACGAUAGUGAAGUUCUUAUCGCUAUAUAUACACGCGCGUGUGCUAGCUUCAGCGCCCUGUGCCUUGAUAAGAACCACCUAUCAUAGUCCUGUGCCGUCCAUACUACCUAAUAAGUUAACCUUAUAUUUAACAAUAUUGAGUUUGCAAAAAUUAAUUUCAAAUAAAUAGUACAUUUAUUCCAUAAAAAUUUUAUUGCAGGUAAUAAACUGCUAAUCUGAAGUGCACUUAA